AUGAGUUCUUCAGUAAGAAGAAAAGGAAAACCAGGCAAAGGAAGUGGAAAAGGGUCUUCUAGAGGAGGAAGAGGAAGCAGGAGUCACAGUAGUAAAUCUCAUGGGUCUGGCAACAGUAGCAGUGGUGGUGGUAGCAAUAGAAAGGCCUCGAGUAGAAUUUGGGAUGAUGGAGAUGACUUUUGUAUCUUCAGUGAAUCAAGGCGCUCAUCCAGACCUAGCAGCAGUAGCAUAAGCAAAGGAGAGGCACGCCCCAAACGGAGGCCCGAAGCCAAAGUGCCCCUCCAGACUCUACAUAUGACUUCUGAGAAUCAAGAGAAAGUGAAAGCUCUUCUCCGAGACCUGCAAGAACAGGAUGCGGAUGCUGGAUCUGAGAGAGGUGUUUCUGGGGAAGAGGAAGAUGAUGAGCCUGAUCAUUGUGAUGAUGAGCAGUACUGGUCAGCUGGACAAGAAGCUUCCCUCAUUCUAGAUCCUAAUCCUUUGGAAUAUGCUGGCCCAGCCCUGGUGGAGCCUCAUAUUCCAGAAUUUACAGUCUCACCAUUUGCAGUGCAAAAGCUUUCCAGGUAUGGUUUCAAUACAGAACGCUGUCAAGUAGCCCUGAGGAUUUGUGGUGGAGAUAUUGGGGCAUCACUAGAACUUCUCCUAACCCAGUGUUUUUCAGAAACAUUUGGAGAAAGGAUGAAGACAUCUGAGGCAGUUGCCCAUAUUAGCUUGGAUGAGUGUGUGGAACAGCGACAGGAAGAGGCAUUUGCUCUUAAGUCAAUCUGUGGGGAAAAAUUUGUAGAAAGAAUUCAGAACCGAGUCUGGACCAUUGGAUUAGAUUUGGAAUAUUUGGCAAGUAAAUUCUGCAAACCCAAGCAAAGGGGAAGUACCAAAAAUGUUCAGGAGACUUCACUUGAAACCUGUAAAUUUUACCUCAAAGGAAAUUGUAAAUUUGGAUCAAAAUGCAAAUUCAAGCAUGAAGUACCCCCAAAUCAAAUUGUUGGAAGAAUAGAAAGAAGCAUAGAUGAUUCUCAUCUUAAUGAAGACGCAUCUUUUUCAUAUGAACUUGAAAUUCGAUUUUCUAAAGACCACAAAUACCCCUACCAAGCUCCGCUUGUGGCCUUUUAUUCCACCAAUGAGCAUCUACCUCUGGCUUGUCGUUUACAUAUUUCUGAGUUCCUUUAUGGCAAGGCCUUGACAUCUGCAGAAACUUCAGAACCUGUUGUAUAUUCUUUGAUAACACUCCUAGAGGAAGAAUCAGAAAUAGUCAAGUUACUGACAAAUACCCAUCAUAAGUACAGUGUUCCUCCUGUGAACUUUUUACCAGCACCCUCUGGGACCAGGAUGAAUAAUCUUGCCUGUCGUAAACCAGUGAUUCCAAAUAAUUCUUUUAUUUCAAAUCAGAUUGCCGAAGUUGAAAAAGAAUCAGAACCUGAGGAGGAGGCAGAUGAGGAUGAAGGUCCUGCACCAGUUAUAGUGGAGAAUGAAAGCUAUGUGAAUCUUAAGAAAAAGAUUUCCAAAAGAUAUGACUGGCAGGCAAAAUCGGUACAUGCUGAAAAUGCUAAAAUCUGCAAGCAGUUCCGAAUAAAACAGGCUUGCAGACAGUUCCAGUCAAUUCUACAAGAAAGACAGUCACUCCCUGCUUGGGAAGAGAGAAAAACCAUUCUUAAAUUGUUGGGCAAGCACCAAGUGCUUGUCAUAAGUGGUAUGACUGGAUGUGGAAAAACUACACAGAUUCCACAAUUUAUUCUGGAUGAUUCUUUGAACGGGCCACCUGAUAAGGUAGCUAACAUCAUCUGUACCCAACCCCGACGAAUCUCUGCAAUCUCUGUUGCUGAACGUGUUGCUAAAGAAAGAGCAGAGAGGGUGGGUCUGACUGUGGGAUACCAGAUACGGUUGGAAAGCGUCAAGUCCUCAGCCACCAGACUGUUAUACUGCACUACAGGAGUGCUGCUGAGAAGGCUAGAAGGAGACACAGUUCUUCAAGGGAUUACUCAUAUCAUUGUGGAUGAGGUCCAUGAGAGAACAGAAGAAAGUGACUUCUUGCUGCUAGUUUUGAAGGAUAUUGUGUUGCAGAGGCCAACUCUUCAAGUUAUUCUCAUGAGUGCCACCUUAAACGCUGAGCUCUUUUCAGAAUAUUUCGAUUUCUGCCCAGUUAUUACCAUACCAGGUCGUGCAUUCCCUGUUGAUCAGUUUUUUCUGGAAGAUGCAAUUGCUGUGACAAGGUAUGUGUUACAGGAUGGGAGUCCAUAUCUGCGCUCCAUGAAACAGAUUUCAAAGGAGAAGCUUAAAGCAAGGCGCAACAGAACUGCGUUGGAAGAAGUGGAGGAAGAUCUGAGGCUCUCUCUUCACCUCCAGGAUCAGGAUUCUGUCAAGGACCAAGUGCCAGAUCAACAGUUAGAUUUUAAACAGCUCCUAGCCCGCUAUAAAGGGUUUAGCAAAUCAGUUAUCAAAACAAUGUCCAUCAUGGAUUUUGAAAAGGUUAAUCUUGAAUUAAUAGAAGCCUUAUUAGAGUGGAUUGUGGAUGGAAAGCACUCCUACCCUCCAGGUGCUAUACUUGUGUUUUUACCGGGACUGGCAGAAAUUAAAAUGCUUUAUGAACAGCUGCAGUCUAAUUCUCUUUUCAACAACAGGCAUAGUAAUCGAUGUGUUAUUCAUCCACUUCAUUCAUCUUUAUCCAGUGAGGAGCAGCAGGCUGUGUUUGUAAAACCUCCUGUAGGUGUAACUAAGAUUAUAAUUUCCACCAACAUUGCUGAGACAUCCAUAACCAUUGAUGAUAUUGUCUAUGUCAUCGAUUCUGGGAAAAUGAAAGAAAAGAGAUAUGAUGCUAGCAAAGGUAUGGAAAGUCUAGAGGAUACUUUUGUGUCUCAAGCUAACGCUCUGCAAAGGAAAGGGCGAGCUGGCCGUGUUGCUUCUGGGGUCUGCUUCCAUCUGUUCACUAGCCAUCAUUAUAACCACCAGCUGUUAAAGCAGCAGCUACCAGAAAUACAAAGAGUGCCAUUGGAACAGCUGUGUCUAAGAAUUAAAAUUUUAGAGAUGUUUAAUGCUCAUACUCUCCAAUCCGUGUUCUCUCGUCUCAUUGAACCUCCACACACUGAUUCUCUCCGUGCCUCCAAAAUACGAUUACGAGACUUGGGAGCAUUAACUCAAGAUGAGAAAUUGACCCCUCUUGGGUAUCACUUGGCCUCUCUUCCCGUGGAUGUGAGAAUCGGCAAGCUGAUGCUGUUUGGGUCCAUCUUCCGCUGUUUGGAUCCUGCUCUCACCAUUGCUGCCAGUUUGGCCUUUAAGUCUCCUUUUGUGUCUCCCUGGGAUAAAAAAGAGGAAGCUAACCAGAAAAAGUUGGAAUUUGCAUUUGCAAACAGUGAUUACCUGGCCCUUCUACGAGCAUAUAAGGGAUGGCAGCUAAGUUCAAAAGAAGGUAUGCGUGCAAGUUAUAAUUACUGCAGACAAAACUUCUUGUCAGGAAGAGUUCUUCAGGCAAAUUCAAAUGCUGAGAACCCCAAGCUGAUAUCAGCAAUGCUGUGUGCUGCUCUGUAUCCAAAUGUAGUGCAGGUGAAAAGCCCCGAAGGGAAAUUUCAGAAGACCAGUAUUGGAGCUGUCAGAAUGAAACCAAAAUCAGAGGAAUUGAAGUUUGUCACUAAGAACGAUGGAUAUGUACACAUUCACCCUUCCUCAGUGAACUAUCAGGUCAGACACUUUGACAGUCCCUACCUGGUAUACCACGAGAAGAUCAAAACUAGUCGAGUGUUCAUUCGAGACUGCAGCAUGGUGUCUGUGUACCCACUGGUCUUGUUUGGAGGAGGCCAAGUGAAUGUACAGCUUCAGAGGGGAGAGUUUGUGGUCUCCUUGGAUGAUGGCUGGAUCCGUUUUGCAGCUGCCUCCCAUCAGGUGGCUGAAUUAGUAAAGGAACUUCGUGGUGAACUUGACCAGCUCCUCCAGGAUAAAAUAAAAAAUCCGAGCAUGGAUCUGUGUACAUGUCCUCGAGGAUCCCGGAUCAUCAGCAUGAUCGUGAAACUUGUCACUACACAGUAG